CGACGAAGAAGUAACAGCUGUUUUUCCACAUUGAAACUCAAAGCUCGAAAUUGAAUUGAAGAUCUAUCUUCUUUCCCCAGCUUCUCAAUUUGAGGGACUCUGAUUGGGAGCUGUUACAAUGAUUCAGCCAGUGGCCACAGCCACAGCUAGUGGGGAAGUCCCGACCGAGACCGGUGACUUUGUUUUAACAUUGGAUCAAGUCCCACGGUGGAUUGAUGCAGAGAUUAGGUCUUCUUUGGAGUAUGAGAAUGAAGAUCCUUCUUUUUCAAAAUCUUUUUUUCCCGAUCCUUUAGCCUCUCCUAGGGAGGCAGAUGGAAGCAAUGGGAUGGUAUCAAGGUUUCCGGUCGAUCAUGAAAUAAACUCAAAGAUAUACUUGUGGAGGGGACUGCCGUGGAACCUUGAGGUUGAUGCUGUCGUUAAUUCUACAAAUGAGAACCUGGAUGAAGCACACAGUAGCCAAGGUUUGCAUGCUGCAGCUGGGCCUGGUCUUGCUGAAGAAUGCACAACACUGGGUGGAUGCAAAACAGGGAUGGCCAAGGUUACUCAUGCAUAUGAUCUUCCUGCUAGGAGGGUUAUCCAUACUGUUGGUCCCAAGAAUGCAGUAAAGUACCAUACUGCUGCCGAGAAUGCUCUGAGUCAUUGCUAUCGGUCUUGCCUUGAACUUCUUAUUGAAAAUGGUCUUCGGAGUAUUGCUAUGGGCUGCAUAUACACAGAGACUAAAAAUUAUCCCCGUGAACCAGCUGCACACGUGGCUAUAAGGACUGUUCGCCAAUUUCUUGAAAAGCAGAAAGAUAAAAUUACAGCUGUCGUUUUUUGUACUAGCACAUCAUCUGAUACUGAGAUCUAUAAGAGAUUGCUUCCGCUUUACUUUCCUCGAGAUAAGCAUGAGGAGGUGGUGGCCAUAUCUAAGCUUCCUGCUGAUGUUGGGGAUGAGAAUGGUGAGACUAUCAUUCAUGAGCGUCAAAUCAGAAUAAAGACAUUGCCCAAAAAGACCAUCCCAAAGCCUGCCCAAGCUUCAGCUGAACUCCCUGUUAGUGAUGUAGGUUUGGUACAAAGGAAUUCAAGUUACUUGGAUACAUAUUUGGAUCCUGCUUUCAUGUCCUUGAUGAAAGAUCCGGAUCAGAGACACCAAGAACAAUGGGAAAAAACUGCUCAAGCCCGAGGUGGUUGGAAUUUUGCUACGAUGCUUGGUUUUGGUGACCUCGGUGGGCCUCCAUUAUCUGCUGCUGAAGAAUACUCACUUCACUCCAGGUACCUUGCGAAGGCAAAUUCUCUUAAUCUUUCUGAAAUUGCAGAGAUGAAAAUUCUUUAUCGUGGAGGAGUGGACAGUGAAGGUCACCCUGUUAUGGUUGUUGUUGGAGCUCAUUUUCUUUUGCGGUGUCUUGAGCUUGAAUGUUUCAUUCACUAUGUUGUAAAGGUAUUAGCUUCCAAGAUACAGAUGCCUUAUACUAUUGUAUACUUUCACUCUGCAGCAUCUUUACAAGUCCAACCAGAUUUAGGAUGGAUGAGAAGAUUACAGCAAAUACUUGGUCGGAAGCACCAACGAAACCUGCAUGCAAUAUAUGUUCUCCAUCCUAAUUUGCUCUUGAAGGCUACCAUUUUCGCUCUGCAAAUGUUCGUGGACAAAGUGGUGUGGAAAAAAGUGGUAUAUGUCGAUAAGCUUCUGGAGUUAUUCAGAUACGUUCCUCGAGAGCAAUUGACCAUCCCUGAUUUCGUGUUCCAGCACGAAUUAGAAGUGAACGGUGGAAAGGGUCUUAUCAUAGACCCCCGAACAAAAUAUGUAUAUCAUCGACCGUAGACAUUUAAAAUACACAGUUUACGACAGCCGGUAAUUCUCAGUUUGAUUUUCUCUUCACCUGGUUUUGGUAGGCAGGAAGUGGGUUGAUUGAUUGUGUUUUGGUGGUUGUUUAUCAUGUAAAAAUGGUUAUUUCUUAAUUCAUUGAGCAAUGAUUUGCUUGUUAAUUUGUUUUUAUUUUUCUCUUGUAUCCUCUUAAACAUGUUAAUAAUAUGUCAGGGUGAUCUGAGCUUCUAUUU